AAGGUUCUGUAGAUCAGGUCAAGUGAAUAAUUCAGUAGUGCUGGCCGGUUGAACAGAAAUAUUGUAUCAGAAUGGAUAUGAAGAGGGUGAAUAUCGUAUGGGGGAUUCUAUGGGUCUCGACGCUAUUUGUUCUCUCAGUGUCAACCAAAAUGAUCACCAGACCGAUGAUUAUCAACUUUGGUGAUUCAAAUUCCGACACAGGCGGAGUUUUGGCAGGUGCAGGACUUCCCAUUGGCCUUCCACAUGGCAUUACGUUCUUUCACAGAGGGACGGGUCGUUUUGGUGAUGGCAGACUCAUCAUUGACUUUUUCUGUGAACAUAUGAAGCUGAGUUAUUUGAGCCCAUAUCUUGAAUCACUAGCACCAAAUUUCACAAGUGGAGUAAACUUUGCAGUAGCUGGAGCCAUGACUCUACCACAAUUUGUUCCUUUUCAACUCGAUGUUCAAGUUCGCCAAUUCAUUCAUUUCAAGAACCGGUCACUUGAACUCCUUUCACUUGGUUCUGGGGGCUUUAUAAAUGAAGAUGGAUUUCGAAAUGCACUUUACAUGAUAGAUAUUGGACAAAAUGAUCUCCUGGUUGCACUAUAUGCAGCAAAUCUAACCUAUGCACCGGUUGCAGCCAAAAUUCCAUCUUUUAUAGCAGAAAUCAAACUGGCCAUCCAAAAUAUAUACCUAUAUGGGGGGAGAAAGUUCUGGAUACACAACACAGGGCCACUAGGUUGUGCACCUAAAGAGCUUGCAUUACAUCCACACAACAAUACCGAUCUUGACAGAAUUGGAUGCUUUCGUGUCCACAAUGAUCUAGCCAAGCUUUUCAACAAAGCGUUGCGUAAAAUGUGCAAAGAGUUGAGACUAGUACUAAAAGAUACAAAAAUUGUAUAUGUGGAUAUAUACACCAUCAAAUAUAAUCUCUUCUCAAACCCCUCAAACUAUGGAUUUGUAAAACCAUUCAAGGCAUGUUGUGGGUCUGGAGGGGAUCCGAAUAAUUACAAUGUGAAAGCCACGUGUGGACAACCGGGGUAUAGCAUAUGUGACAACGUAACAUCGGCUAUAGUAUGGGAUGGUGUUCACUACACAGAAGCUGCAAAUAAGGCAGUUGCUGCUACGAUCCUAUCCACACCAUCGCUGAAACUGGAGCGGUUUUGGUAGGGUUGACUACAUGAUCGUGUACUAGUAGUUUG